AUGGCUUAUAACCAGCAAUAUCCUCCUCCUAGCAAUUCACCUCAUCCGCCACACGGAUAUCCUCCCCAAGGUCAUUCUCCCUAUCCACAACAUCCACCACUGCCAGGCCCGCAGGGAGGAUACUAUCCUCCGCAGCAACAGGGUCCUUACGGUUAUCCUCCUGCUCCUCCGGCUCCAUACGGCGGCCCACCCCCUCCAGGUUACCCUCACCAGCCCCCUCAACAAUCAUAUCCUCAUCAGCAGGGUUACGGACAACACCCUCCUCCACCCGGACCGUACGGGCCGCCGCAGGGUCCUCCACCAGGUCAAUAUAUACCUCAACAUCAAUAUGGAGCACCGCAUCCUCCCGCUCAAGGACCCCCAGCCAUGCCAUCUCUGGGAUAUGUUCCCGGACAGGUCGCUCCGGGCGACUUCCGUGCUGACGCAGAGGCGCUGCGCAAGGCGAUGAAAGGAUUCGGGACAGACGAAGCAGCGCUCAUUCGAGUUCUCUCACGCCUGGACCCGCUGCAAGUAGCCGCCGUCCGCGAGACGUACUCAAGACAUAUCGGGCGCGAUCUGUACAAAGAUGUCAAAUCUGAAACGAGCGACUAUUUCCAACAAGGGCUGCUGGCGAUCAUCGAGGGGCCAUUGAUGCAUGAUGCAGAGCUAGUCAGAGAUGCAGUCAAGGGGAUAGGCACCAAGGAGUGGCUACUGAACGAUGUCCUCCUCGGCCGGUCCAAUGCCGAUCUGAACGCGAUCAAGAACGCGUACCAGCAAAAAUUCCAGAGAUCCCUUCAGCGGGACGUCGAGGAUGAUCUUUCAGCAAAGACGGAGGGUCUCUUUAGCAAAGUCAUCUCAGCCACUCGCCACGAAGAGUCGACCCCGAUCAACCCGCAGUACAUUGAGAGCGAGGCAAAGAGCAUUUAUGAUGCUACCCAAGGACGGAUCAUCAACAAUGCUGGAGAGGUGUGCGCGAUUUUCGCGCAGAGCUCCGAUAACGAGCUCCGAGCCAUCAACCACGCCUUUAGCACCCGAUACAACACCUCGCUCGAGAAGCACAUCGAGCGCGAAUUCUCCGGACACAUGAAAGACGCGCUGCUACACAUGCUCCGGACGGCGCUGGACCCGGCCAUGCGCGACGCCGUCCUCCUCGAAGAGUGCAUGAAGGGAGCCGGCACCAAGGACUACAAGCUCGUCGUGCGCAUUGUCCGGCUGCACUGGAACCGGCCACAUCUGGAGCAGGUCAAGCGCGCCUACCACCACCGGUACAAUCGAGAUCUGCGAGAGCGAGUGCGCGGCGAGGCCAGCGGAGACUAUCAAAGACUGAUGCUUGCAUUGCUGGAGUAG